CGCGAGUGUAGCAGCAUCAGUUCCAUAGCAUAGCCUAAUCCCAGUACAAUGUGCAAGUCAAUCUCCUCGCUGUCUCUGGCCCUCCUCUGUGUGCUGUGCAUCCUGGCGGCCGUUAGCGCCGACCACGAGAUGCGACUGUGCAGCGUGCGGCUGAACGACAUGCUGAGCAGGAUGUGCACCAGGGGCUUCAAUCGCAUCAUCCAGAAGCGUAGCAUGCCUUUCAUGGACCUGGACCCACUCGAUCCCAUUCAGUUCACCGAGGAGAAGGAGCUGCCCUCGAACUCCGCCGAGCUGCUCUCGUAUCCCAUGACCAAUGGCCGACUGCGCAACAUCUACCAGGACAACGUGCUCAACUCCCUGACCUCCACCAGGCGCCGCACCCGGGAGGGCAUCGUCGACGAGUGCUGCAGAAGGUCGUGUAAGCUCUCCGAGCUGAACGCCUACUGCGCCGUCUAGAUUGCUAGGCUAGCCAGGCUCAACCACCCACACAAAAACAACGCGAUCACAGUACCUUGAAACUCUACCCUACCUUGUGCCAGCCACAUAUUGUAUUAAUAUUAUAGACGCUUCAAAAUAAAAGCCAACUGCAUAAA